GCAGUUUGAUAGAUAUGCAAAAGAAAAUCGCAAGACAAUCGAGACACACAGUGACUCUGAGUCCUCAAACCGAUUUUUGAUCUCACAUUCUUCCACGGCUCUUUAAACCCUUCAACACCGAUCUGAAUAAUCUUCACAAAUGGGUUUUCGAUUUCAUCAAUUGCUUGAUUUCAGAGCCCUGAUUUGAUGAGAUGCAGCCAAGUAGUUUUUCAGCAACUCCAUUUGCUCUGAUUCCACUCGCUUUCAAUCACGGAAAUUUGAGCCCCGAGGGUUUUGAGCUUUCCAGGUUUUUGUUCCUAGGUUCGCUUCUGUUAUCUCCAGGAGGAGGCAGCGGCGGCGACGGUGCUGCUGGUGGUAUGGAUUUUUCAAAGGUUGGUGAGAAGUUUCUUAGUUCUGUCCGCUCCGCGAGAUCUCUCGGCUUCCUUCCUUCGACUUCAGAUCGUCCCGAGGUUCCAGAACGUGCUGCAGCUGCAGCAACCAUAGCUCGUGCACUUGCUUCAAUCCCUCCACAUCAGAGGCACAAUAUCUCUUCAAGCUCUAAAGAGCUCACUUCUAUAUAUGGAAGUGAGCCACAUGAUCAAGUAUUAGAAGAGCUUGAGGAAGAAUUCUAUGAAGAGGAGUUUGAUCCUGUUCAACACACCUUAGAGAAUCUCCCAUCUGACGAAAAUGAUCUUCCAUAUCUCGAGGGGAAGGCUGCUCUAAGAUUAUUACAACUGGAUAGAGUAACAGAAAGAUUAUCACGCCAAGUGAUGGAGAAUCAUGAAGUAAUGGUGAAAGGAAUGGAUUUGGUAGGUGAGCUGGAGAAAGACUUGAAGGUUGCAAAUGUCAUUUGCAUGAAUGGGAGAAGACACCUCACUUCUUCACGAAAUGAGGUAUCACAGGACCUCAUUGUUAACACAUAUUCUAGAAAGAAACAAAAUCUUCUGGACAUACUUCCAGUUUUAGCAGCACUUCUUCGUGCAAAGGACAUGCAAGUAGAACUUGAAACCCAUGUCAAUGAAGAAAAUUUCUCUAAGGCAUUCCAGGUGUUGUCUGAGUACCUCCAACUUCUGGAUAGCUUAUCAGAGCUUUCAGCUAUACAAGAGAUGAGUCGUGGUGUGGAGAUAUGGCUUGGAAGAACUCUACAGAAAUUGGAUUCACUUUUAUUGGGGGUGUGUCAAGACUUUAAAGAAACAAGCUUUUUGACUGUGGUUGAUGCUUAUGCAUUGAUUGGUGAUGUUUCUGGUCUUGCUGAGAAGAUACAAAGCUUCUUUAUGCAGGAGGUUAUAUCUGAAACACAUGCAGUCCUUAAGAACAUCAUGCUAGAGGAUCUUGAAGCUGCUGAAAUUCAAAGCACUAGGCUCACAUACAGUGAUCUUUGCACUCGGAUACCUGAAUCCGAGUUUAGGAAGUGUUUAUUGGAGACUCUAUCUGUCCUCUUCAAAUUGAUGUGCUCAUAUUACACAAUUAUGAGUUUCCAUUCAGAGUAUAAGGUUUCCAUGGAGACACAGAAACAAGAUGAUGAUGAUGCAUCUGUUUCAGAAUCAAGGGAUGAUGGAAGUGAAGCUUCAAGCAGUGGGAGUGGGUCCCCAUGGUUUCACCUUCGAAACGAUGCCACACGACAUGUUUCACAAACAUUACAAAGAGGUCUUAGGAAUCUUUGGCAACUUACAACAAGUCGUGUCUCUGUAUUACUCUCUUCUACUGCAGUUUCUUCCACCAGCAUGCAUCAGUUUUUAAAAAUAUAUGAAGAUCUCAACACCUUCAUCUUGGCUGGAGAGGCUUUUUGUGGGACUGAAGCAGUUGACUUUAGGCAGAAACUGAAAUCCAUUUCUGAAAACUACUAUCUUGCUUUUCACAAACAAAAUAUACAUGCUCUGAAAAUGGUUUUGGAAAAGGAGAGUUGGUUCAUGAUGCCACCAGAGACGAUUCAGGUAGUGAGUUUUGCAGGCCUUGUUGGUGAUGGAGCUGCGUUGACAAGUCAAACUGCCACCUCAGCUAAUUUAGUAAAAACCAGAAGUAAACAAGGUGGAUUCUCACAUUGGAUUAAAACUGGGAAUCCGUUUUGUUCAGAAGCAUGUGAAAAAACCAAUGGGGUAUCUGUAUCAGUAUCUCACAAGAAUGAUUCUUCACAUAGUAAUGGUGAUGUAAAUUACAGCAAUGGCCAUGGUCAUGCUGAUACUUCUGAAGAUGAAAAUGAAGAUCUUCUUGCAGAUUUUAUUGAUGAGGAUAGUCAACUACCAAGUCGUAUUUCUAAGCACAAACAUUCAAAAAAUCACUCUUUAUCUGAAGAUAUUAGAGCACACACAGGGUCAUCAAUAUGCGUUCUCAGGCUGAUGGAUAAAUAUGCAAGGCUAAUGCAAAAACUAGAGAUAAUCAAUGUUGAGUUUUUCAAGGGGAUCUGCCAGUUGUUUGGGAUCUUUUUCCAUUUUGUGUUUGAAAGCUUUGGUUCUCAGAACACCAAUCUUAAUUAUCGUCUUAAGUCGAGCUUAUCCAGAAUAUCUCAAGAUUGCAAUCAGUGGAUAAAUUCCCCAUCUCCUCCAGACUCGUUAAACAAGUCAUCAUUUCCUCUUAUGGACAUCACACCUACUAAUCCAUUUUCUACUCAUGUCCCCACCACCUCUUUUGGCCUCAAGGAAAGAUGCACAGGAGCAGACACUAUAUCUCUUGUUGCUCGAUUAUUAUACAAGUCCAAGCCUCAUCUUCAAUCGAUACUUUUGGCAAAUAAAUCCUCAAUCGUUGAAGAAUUUUAUUCAAAUUUGGUGGAUUCAGUUCCAGAUCUGACAGACCAAAUCCAUAGAACAACUGCAAAAUCGCUUCUUCAUAUUAGUGGGUAUGUUGAUAGAAUUGCGAAUGCUAAAUGGGAAGUUAAAGAGCUUGGAAUGGAGCAUAACGGGUAUGUUGAUCUUUUAUUGGGAGAAUUUAAGCACUACAAAACAAGAUUAGCUCAUGGAGGCAUCCGAACAGAGGUUCAAGAUGUGUUAAUAGGAUACGGACUUGAAAAUAUUUCUCAAGUUUUAGUCGAAGGACUCUCCAGAGUCAAACGCUGUUCUGAUGAGGGUCGUGCCCUCAUGUUAUUGGAUCUUCAGGUUUUGAUGACUGGGCUUCAGCAUUUUGUGACGAUUAAUGUUAAGCCAAAGUUACAGAGUGUAGAAACUUUUAUCAAGGCAUAUUACCUUCCAGAAACUGAAUAUGUGCACUGGGCACGUGCUCAUCCGGAAUACACCAAGAGUCAGAUGGUGGGGCUAAUAAACCUUGUGGCCACAAUGCAAGGUUGGAAAAGGAAAAGUAGAUUGGAAGUGUUGGAAAAGAUAGAGGCAGGAGGAGUGUAAAUUACUAAAUACAAUCUCACAAACUCAAAACCUCAUGAAUCAUCAUCAUCAUCAUCAUCAUCAUCAUCAUAUAAUAUAGUAUAACAGUUUCCCCUUUUCCGGUUAAGGCAGGGGUUGCUGAAUUGUGAUUUAAAGAUGUUUAUAUGUAUAUUUUUUUAAAUACAUUUGGAAUUUAACCUUUUUGAGUGGAAAGUAAUUCAAGGAAUAAAACAUUUUUCUCA